AUGAAUGCGAGAGGCAUAGAGAAAGAAAUUGGGCAAAGUUGGAUUGAAAACAACAAAAGAAUCCAUAAAUUUGGUGUUGAAGACCAAUCUCAUCCUCUUACAGAAGAAAUAUAUAAGAAGCUUAGAGAACUUAUCGUAGAGAUCAAGGCAGCUGGGUAUGUGCCAGAUGUAAGCUUCACAGUUCAUGAUAUUGGAGAUGAUAGAAGAGAAGAAUCUCUUUACUAUCACAGCGAGAAGCUGACCUUUGCUUAUGGAGAUCUCUCAACUAAUCAAGGAGUAAAGCUUAGAAUAAUAAAAAAUGUGAGAGUAUGUGCUGAAUGCCAUCAGGCAUACAGAUACUCUCCCUGA